CAAGAUGUUGGCUAGUGAGUAGUGAUAGUACACCAAAAGAAAAGUAAAGAAACGUUGGGUAGUGAUUGGCAAGAUUUUCCAAGUGGGAUGAGUCCUUUGCAAAACUGGCUGCUGGCUCCGUGUUGGAAGGAAGAUUUAUGACUUAUAUGAGGCCAUGAAAGAUGAAGAUGCAACGCAUGCUGGCUUGCGCGAUUAAUUACUAUUUUGCCAUUAGUUAUUGAAUUUAAAAGAAAAAAAAAUGAAAAGUGGGUCAUAGUCGCAGUUAGCGAGUGAGAGUCAUGAGAGUGAAGAAGCUCCGGUGACUAACUACCGAGUAAAGAGACAUUAAUUUGGAGAGAUGGAACGGAAGUGGAGCAGUGAAUCUGGAACUGGGAAUGUGAUGUCGUCACAGUCACAGUCACGUAACGGGCAUUCUCGUUCGUCCUCCCUCACCCUCACCGGAAUCUCAAGCGUCAAAAGGACUCAGAAUGUUGCUGCGAAAGCCGCAGCUCAGCGCCUCGCCCAGGUGAUGGCUUCUCAGAGUGCGGGGGAGGAGGAGGAGGAGGAGGAAGACGAUCUAGGAUUUCGCUACACUGCUCCUCCGCCUCUCUCUUUUUCUAGGAACUCUCAUAGAUCUCCGUCUCCUGCGUCUACGUUUGCUCCUGCUCGGACAGAAGAAUCAAUGUAUCUUCGUCCAGCACCACCUGCCACUAAUAAUAGACCACCGCUAAGCCUCAGGACUCAAGCUCCUCCUCCGUCCAUAGACCCUCCCAUCAAGCCCAAAGAUAACAACAAAAGAUUUCCGUUUCAUACUGGACUCCUUCCACCAAAAGAUUCAGGAGACGCUUCUGGACUUCGUGAUCAGGUUGAUAUGUUGCAGGAAGAGAAUGAAACUAUUCUAGACAAGCUCAGACUCGAGGAAGAGAGAUGCAAGGAAUCAGAGGCCAGAGUUAGGGAGCUAGAGAAGCAGGUUGCUUCCCUUGGAGAAGGUGUAUCUUUGGAAGCCAAACUCUUGAGCAGAAAGGAAGCAGCAUUGCGUCAAAGAGAGGCUGCGCUUAAAAAUGCCAAAGACUCUAAGGAUGGAGUUGAUAAAGAAAUCACAUCUCUACAUGCUGAAAUUGAGAAUGCAAAAGUUGAAACUGAGGCUGCAGUGAGACAGCUAAAUGGAGCUGAAUCUGAAGUAAAAGCUCUUCGGUCAAUGACUCAAAGAAUGAUAUUAACUCAAAAAGAAAUGGAAGAAGUUGUUCUAAAGAGGUGUUGGCUUGCCCGUUAUUGGGGUUUAGCUGCAAAAUAUGGCAUCUGUGCAGAUGUUGCAAUUUCCAAGUAUGAGCUUUGGUCAUCCUUAGCCCCUCUUCCAUUUGAGGUCGUUGUUUCUGCUGGACAAAAGGCUAAGGAGGAAUGCUGGGAAAAAGGUGAUGAUUCAACAGAGAAGAGAAGCAAACUUGUUCCUGACUUAAAUGAUCUUACCGGAGAAGGAAAUAUUGAAAGUAUGCUUUCAGUUGAAAUGGGAUUAAAGGAGCUUGCUUCUUUAAAGGUUGAGGAUGCUAUUGUGCAAGCAUUAGCCCAACAGCGGCGUCCAAAUUCUGCUCGACAAUUAGUCUCAGAUAUUAAAUCACCCGGGGACCCUAAGUUUAUGGAAGCCUUUGAAUUGAGCCCAGAGGAGUCUGAGGAUGUUCUUUUCAAGGAGGCUUGGCUGACAUAUUUUUGGAGAAGAGCCAAGGCUCAUGGUAUAGAGGAGGACACUGCCAAAGAACGCCUUCAAUUUUGGAUUGGUCGGAGUGGGCAUUCACCUACCUCACAUGAUGCUGUUGAUGUUGAGCAAGGACUUUCUGAGCUGAGGAAAAUGGGGAUUGAACAUCGACUUUGGGAAGCAUCCAGAAAGGAAGUUGAUCAUGACUUUACUGUCGCACGAAAGUUGUCUUGACCUGAAAUUUGUGCUUAAUUUCCUUGAGGUUUGUUGAUUUAUACAUAUGAAUUGUGAAUUUCAUCUUCCUUCGGGAGACUGUCACCUUGCACUUUGUGUUCAAAUGAGGUUACUCGCACUGUUAGCUCUAGGAGCUGAUGAAGCUACCGCUCUCUUGUUCCUUCACCUUCGAUGACAUAAAUAAUAGUCAUAACCUGGCCGAUUAUAAUCA